AUGCACUCAAAGCUCGUCAUCAUUGGCUCCGGGCCAGCAGGCCACACUGCCGCCAUCUAUGCCGCCCGCGCCGACCUGAACCCCGUCAUGUACGAGGGAUUCCUCGCACUCGGCAUUGCAGCAGGUGGUCAGUUGACCACUACUGACGAAGUCGAGAACUUCCCCGGGUUCCUGAAGAUCCAGGGCUCAACACUUAUGGAUCAAAUGCGCGCCCAGUCCGAAGCCUGCGGCACCGAAAUUGUCUCUCAGACCGUCGCAAAGGUCGACCUUAAGUCCCGCCCGUUCAAGUUCUGGUUGCACCCCAUGGGUGACGACGAAGAGAUUGAGGAGGAAGAACACACCGCCGAUGCACUUAUCAUCGCUACAGGCGCGAAAGCACGCCGUCUGGAUCUUCCUGGUGAGGAGAAGUACUGGGGUUACGGUGUCUCCGCGUGCGCCGUGUGUGACGGCUCGCUGCCCAUGUUCCGCGACCAGCCGCUCGUCGUCAUAGGAGGCGGCGACAGCGCUGUCGAGGAGGCGCUGUACCUGACCAAGAAGGCGAAGAAGGUCACUGUCUUGGUCCGCCGGGACAAGCUCAGGGCCAGCAGGACGAACGCGCGUAGGCUGACUACACACCCCAAGAUCGAGGUCUUGUUCAACACUGGCGCGAGCGAAAUCAAGGGCGAUGACAAGAAAAACGGACUCAUGACACAUCUCGUUGUGAAGAACAACGUUACCAAGGAAGAGAAGACCAUCGAGGCGAAGGGUCUCUUCUACGCCGUUGGUCACGAUCCCGCCACACAGCUAUUCAAGGGCCAGCUCGAUAUGGAUGAGGACGGUUACCUGAUCACGAAGCCCGGUGAGGGACACACAAGCGUGGAGGGUGUGUUUGCGGCCGGUGAUGUACAGGACAAGAAGUACCGCCAGGCGAUUACUAGUGCAGGAUCCGGAUGCGUUGCUGCUCUCGAAGCCGAGAAGUUUCUUGCGGAGCAAGACGACAGCGUUGGCAACGAGCUCGAGACUGAGAACCAGGCCGAGAAGAGCCAGACAAACGGCGUCGUGCCGGAGUACCGCUCCAACCCUCUCUUGUAG